GCCGGCGGGCGGGCUCCCCGGCCCGGCCGCUGCACCUGUCAGGGCUCAUGAAGGGAGACAAGCGUGAGGAGCCGGGGCCGGGCCCCGAACCCACGGCCCCCCCGCUGCCCACGGAGGAGGAGGAGGCCCUGCUGGAGUUCCACCGCUCCUACCGGGAGCUCUUCCAGUUCUUCUGCAACAACACCACCAUCCACGGCGCCAUCCGCCUGGUGUGCUCCCAGCACAACCGCAUGAAGACGGCUUUCUGGGCCGUGCUCUGGCUCUGCACCUUCGGCAUGAUGUACUGGCAGUUCGGCCUGCUCUUCGAGGAGUACUUCAGCUACCCUGUCAGCCUCAACAUCAACCUCAACUCGGACAAGCUCGUCUUCCCUGCCGUCACCAUCUGCACCCUCAAUCCCUACAGGUACAAGGAAAUUAAAGAGGAGCUGGAAGAGCUGGACCGUAUCACAGAGCAGACACUCUUCGACCUGUACAAGUACAACUCCUCCAACACUCUCGUGGCCCACGCCCGCCUCCGCCGAGACCUGCGGGAGCCCCUGCCGCACCCUCUGCAGCGCCUGACGGUCCCGGCUCCGCCCCACUCGGCCCGCAGAGUUCGCAGCGCCACUUCCAGCAGCGUGCGGGACAACAAUCCCCAGGUGAACAGGAAGGACUGGAAGAUCGGCUUCCAACUGUGCAACCAGAACAAAUCAGACUGCUUCUACCAGACGUACUCAUCCGGGGUGGAUGCAGUGAGGGAGUGGUACCGCUUCCACUACAUCAACAUUCUGUCCAGACGGCAGGACACCUCUCCGUCGCUGGAGGAGGAUGCACUGGGCAAAUUCAUCUUCGCCUGUCGCUUCAACCAGGUCUCCUGCAAUGAGGCGAAUUACUCUCACUUCCAUCACCCGAUAUAUGGGAACUGCUACACUUUCAAUGAUAAGAACAGCUCCAACCUCUGGAUGUCCUCCAUGCCGGGGGUCAACAAUGGUCUGUCCCUGACGCUGCGCACAGAGCAGAAUGACUUCAUCCCGCUGCUGUCCACGGUGACCGGGGCCAGGGUGAUGGUGCACGGGCAGGAUGAACCUGCCUUUAUGGACGAUGGCGGCUUUAACCUGCGGCCUGGUGUGGAGUCAUCCAUCAGCAUGAGCAAGGAAGCCGUGGACAGACUUGGGGGCGACUAUAGUGACUGCACCAAGAAUGGCAGCGAGGUCCCUGUGAAGAACCUUUACGGUUCCAAGUACACGCAGCAGGUGUGUAUCCACUCCUGCUUCCAGCAGAACAUGGUCAAGGAGUGUGGCUGUGCCUACAUCUUCUACCCGCUGCCUCCGGGCAUGGAGUUCUGUGACUACAGGAAGCAUAAUUCCUGGGGCUACUGCUACUAUAAGCUCCAGGAUGCCUUCUCCUCUGACCGCCUGGGCUGUUUCACCAAGUGCCGGAAGCCAUGCAGCGUCACCACCUACAAGCUCUCUGCUGGGUACUCCCGAUGGCCCUCAGUGACAUCGCAGGACUGGGUCUUCCAGAUGCUGUCUCGACAGAACAAUUACACCAUCAAGAACAAAAGAAAUGGAGUUGCCAAAGUCAAUAUCUUCUUCAAGGAGCUGAACUACAAAACCAACUCCGAGUCCCCCUCUGUCACGAUGGUCACCCUCCUCUCCAACCUGGGCAGCCAGUGGAGCCUGUGGUUCGGCUCCUCCGUGCUGUCUGUGGUGGAGAUGGCCGAGCUCAUCUUUGACCUCCUGGUCAUCACCUUCCUCAUGCUGCUCCGGCGGUUCCGAAGCCGAUACUGGUCUCCAGGCCGAGGGGGCAGGGGUGCCCAGGAAGUGGCCUCCACUCCACCCUCCUCCCUCCCCUCCCGUUUCUGCCCCCACCCUGCAUCCCCCUCCUCAUCCCCGCCAGGCCCUGCUGCCAACCCGGCCUUGUCAGCCCCUCCACCUGCCUAUGCCACCCUGGGCCCCUGCCCUGCUCCAUCAGGCUCGGCAGCUGCCGGGUCCUCUGCCCACCCUCUAGGGGAGCCCUGAGAGGGAAGGACACUGUCCCCUCCCGGAGGCAGGCACUUCCCUUGGUGAGCAGAGACUGGCCUUGUCAGGAUUAAAGAAUUGUUUGGGGCUUCCUGUCCAGCUGCCCAGCUUCCCAGCUGCCUUUGGUGGGGGAGGGAAGCAGGUGGGUAAGGGGCUAUGGAAAUGGCCUGGAGAACAGGGGCCAGCAUCACCUUGGCUCAUGCCCUGUGCCCAGUGGCUAUGCCCUGAGAACACUCUGGUUUCCCCACCCAAGGGCAGACAAGUUUUUUUUUCCCCUUGGAUCGGCCAAGCCAAACUUGGAGCUUUGACAAAGAACUUUCCUAGGAAACAACUGACGACCAGAA